CUCGCCUUUCUCUUUCCAGUGUUGGCUGACUUACAGCUCCUAUAAACUAGUGGCAAUUUCUGCACCAGCCUGCUCCCUUUCAGUUUCUGGCUGCUGAGCCCAUGUGCCAGGGGCCGCCAGAAAGGAGACGCUUUCCUGAGUGGCGGAUCUCUGUUCCCUCUGGAAAUAUUCUUCUGCGAGUAUUUAUUGGUUUGACUAAAAGCAACCACACACCAUGGACCUCAUCGGGUUGCUGAAGUCUCAGUUCCUCUGUCACUUGGUCUUCUGUUACGUAUUUAUCGCCUCGGGGCUAAUAAUAAACACCAUUCAGCUCUUCACCCUCCUCCUCUGGCCAAUCAACAAGCAGCUCUUCAGGAAGAUCAACUGCAGACUGUCCUACUGCGUCUCCAGCCAGCUGGUGAUGCUGCUGGAGUGGUGGUCGGGCACGGAGUGCGUCAUCCACACGGACCCCCAGGCCUACCCCAAGUACGGAAAGGAAAAUGCCAUCGUGGUUCUGAACCACAAGUUUGAGAUUGACUUUCUCUGUGGUUGGAGCCUGGCCGAACGCUUUGGGGUGUUAGGGGGCUCCAAAGUCCUGGCCAAGAAGGAGCUGGCCUAUGUCCCGAUCAUCGGCUGGAUGUGGUACUUCACCGAGAUGGUCUUCUGCACACGCAAGUGGGAGCAAGACCGCAAGACCGUGUCGCAGAGCCUGCUGCACCUCCGGGAUUACCCUGAGAAGUACUUCUUCCUGAUUCACUGUGAGGGCACGCGCUUCACGGAGAAGAAGCACCAGAUCAGCAUGCAGGUGGCCCAGGCCAAGGGGCUGCCCAGCCUCAAGUACCACCUGCUGCCGCGCACCAAAGGCUUCGCCAUCACCGUGAGGAGUUUGAGAAAUGUAGUUUCAGCUGUAUAUGACUGUACACUCAAUUUCAGAAAUAAUGAAAAUCCAACACUGUUGGGGGUCCUAAAUGGGAAGAAAUAUCAUGCAGACUUAUACGUCAGGCGGAUUCCUCUAGAAGAAGUCCCGGAAGAUGAGGACAAGUGCUCGGCCUGGCUGCACAAGCUGUACCAGGAGAAGGAUGCCUUCCAGGAGGAGUACUACAGGACGGGCACCUUCCCGGAGACCCCCAUGGUGCCCCCCCGGCGGCCCUGGACGCUCAUCAACUGGCUGUUCUGGGCCUCCCUGCUGCUCUACCCUUUCUUCCGGUUCCUCAUCAACACGAUCAGCAGCGGGUCCUCCCUGACCCUGGCCAGCUUUGUCCUCGUCUUCUUUGUGGCCUCCAUGGGAGUUCGAUGGAUGAUCGGGGUGACAGAAAUCGACAAGGGCUCUGCCUACGGCAACAUCGACAGCAAGCCGAAGCGGAGCGACUGACCCCGAACACAUUAGCACCCAGAGGGGACCUUGGGGACUUGGUGGACGCUGCCUGUCAUCCUUAGUGGGACCCAGGGAUGAAGCGGGGUGAGCCCCUGCUGGGAAGCCAGGGAGUUUGGUCUCAAUGCCAGAUGGGGAGGAAGAUGUUCUUAAAUCUUUUUUCCCCUGUAA